CGUAAAGAAACACCACUUUAGCAAUGGGCUUUAUAAUUCUCUACAGGGAGUGAGUGCUCUCAUCCUAGCUAACUGACAGUGAAAAAGGGUUCUUACAGAGGUCCUAUUGGUGGAUACUUUUACAGGACACAUUUAAGUAAGCAGAUUCAACAAGAGCUAAAAACUUGCCGAAACCAUUUGUAGAAAAGAUAGCUGAACAUUAGAAGUCUAGUGUCAUCACUAUCCAAGGACAUGGUCUUGCCGGGAACAGGAUUACCACGGUAUAGACUGUGAUGGAUAGCAACUUAAGUGGAGACGCCACCACUGGAUCUGCAAUUUCACUGGAGAUAAGCAUCAUGGGAAGGUUCCUGUUUUGGGUCUCUCUGUAGGACUGAGCCUAUGAGUGAGCCACUAUGGGGGACUGGAACUUGUUGGGCAAGCUGUUGGAGAGUGCCCAGGAGCACUCCACCGUAGUGGGCAAGGUCUGGCUGACCGUGCUCUUCAUCUUCAGGAUCCUGGUGUUGGGAGCUGCAGCUGAGAAGGUGUGGGGUGACGAGCAGUCUGGCUUCACCUGUGACACCAAGCAGCCUGGUUGUCAGAAUGUCUGCUAUGAUAAGACUUUCCCAAUCUCUCACAUCCGCUUCUGGGUGUUGCAGAUCAUCUUCGUGUCCACGCCCACUCUGAUCUACCUGGGCCACAUCCUGCACCUGGUGCGCAUGGAGGAGAAACAGAAGCAGAAGGAGAAAGACUUGGCUGCGCAGCUGGCCAUCCACAAUGACAAGCAGCAGCUGCUGCCUGACGCCAAACCCAAGAAGCCCCCAGUCCGGGAUGAUCAGGGCCGCAUCCGCCUGCGAGGGGUCCUGCUUCGCACCUAUGUCUUCAACAUCAUCUUCAAGACCCUGUUUGAGGUGGGAUUUAUCGUAGCCCAGUACCUGCUCUAUGGGUUUGAGCUGAAACCUCUGUACACCUGUAACCGCUCACCCUGCCCCAACGUGGUGAACUGCUACAUCUCCAGGCCCACAGAAAAGACUAUCUUCAUCAUUUUCAUGCUGGCAGUGGCGUUCAUCUCGCUGCUACUGAACCUAGUCGAGAUGUAUCACCUGGGGUUCACCAAGUGCCGCCAGGGCCUCCGGUAUAGACGUGCCCAGUCCACAUUUGAGGCAGGGUACAAGGUCCCCAGUGAGGCAGUAGUGCCCUUUGUCCCGAACUAUAACUACUUCCCCAGGCACCAACCAGCCCCUGAGCCAUACCAUGCAGACGAGUACAUCUUGACUGAGCCUGACACUGCCUACCACGCCUACAGCAGCAAAGUGGCUUACAAGCAGAACAGAGAUAACCUGGCCGUAGAGAGGAACAGUAACCAAGAAGGGGGUGACACCACAGAAAAUAAAGGUUCCAGUUCUGCUCCAGGGUCACCUGCAGAGAACCAACGGCGUCCGAGUCGAUCCAGCAAGCACAGCAAUAAUAAGACCAGACUAGACGAUCUAAAGAUCUGAAGGACAGUUAUGGCUUAUUUCCACCACAGGGUUAUAUACAGUGGCUUGGCCUACAGAUCUAAACUUUUGUGUUUCCACCUGAGGUGGCGGGAAAAAAUAGUUGGGCCUUGGACCUAAUCUGACUUGGGGCCAGACUUGGGACCAGAGUGGGACUGUCGGAGAUGCAUUAAAGCUGGAAUUCUUAAUGGUGAAACUGCCACGGCUGUUUGCAAUAUUACAACAAAGAAGUUACUGCAAACAAAAAAGUUUUUUCCCCUUCUGACAUCAUUGCACACAUGAUAGCACAUCAGCAUAUGUAUUGGAAUGUUUUGGACAAUUUCCCUAGUAUAAAACCAAGGUGUAUACACAACACAGGUAUCAGUCAAAAUGCAGCAUUAGCCUAUUUCCACACCCUGAACAUCACCCUGUACCAAAGUAGAGUAGAGGGCUUAGGAUCAUUUUGUUUACUUGCUCGAGAUAAACAUUUUACUCCUGAAAACAGAACUUCUCCAACUGAAAAACAUCAGAUGUUUGAGGCAUUGACGCAAUGCUGUGUCCUAUGUGCAGUGCUACAAACAGAGGUGGGCUCAUGUUCUACUUUAGUUGUUACUGUACAGAGCAAUCCCGUGGCCAGCAGACAAGACCCAAGUACGGGGUAAAAUGUACUCCCUGGACAAGUGCCAUAUCUCUAUCGGUCUCGGGAGUCUGUAUGCAAAGAGGCCAAUCGAACUCCAAAGCUUCAUUAAUUAGUUAGGGCAUAAGAAAAGCAACAGUUGGGAGGUUUUCUCCCAUUAGCCAAACAUUUGCCACGUAGAGUAUAAUAUUUCAAAGUGUUCAAGGCAAGUUGUUUUAUGAACCCUUAUUAUGCUGAUUAUUCUGACUGGGAAUAAUGACAAAGCAAAUGCUUGUCCGUUUCAUAUCACUGUGUAAUCCUUUGGCAGACCACAUACCAGAAAGAGUUUACAUGCAGAACACAUUUCAUUGAUUUUACAACCAUGAAUAAUGAUUUUAAUGAAAGAAUUUGUACAAGACAUUCUCAAUUCUAUAUGCAUCCUUUAAUUAUAAAGACAGAAAAUAAACAUAGUACAUAUUCAACUUUUCUCAAGACAUUCAGGACUGAAAAUGCAUUAAAACAUACUAUUUUGUCAAGACAAUACAAUCUAAGCAGGAUUAAAAUUAAGUAAAUAAAAAACUAUUCUAUUACGAUGUUAGGCUUAUUUUGUUUAAUGAAUGUUAUGAUUGUUACAAUAAGAAAUGAUUAAAUGAGGGGCAAUAUACACUACAUGUCCAAAAGUAUGUGCACUCUUCCAGGAAGGCUUUCCACUAGAUUUUGGAACAUUGCUGCAGGGACUUGCUUCCAUUCAGCCACAAGAGCAUUAGUGAGGUCGGGCAAUGAUGUUGGGCGAUUAGGCCUGGCUCGUAGUCGGUGUCUGCCACAAAGUUGGAAGCACAGAAUCGUCUAGAACGUCAUUGUAUGCUGUAGGAUUAAGAUUUCCCUUCACUGGAACUAAGGGGCCUAUUCCGAACCACGAAAAACAGCCUCAGACCAUUUUUACUCCUCCACCAAAGUUUAGUUAGUACUACGCAUUCAGGGAGGUCGCUUUCGAGGCAUCCACCAAACCCAGACUUGUCCAUCAGACUGCCAGGUGGUGAGUCCAAUGGCUGCAAGCUUUACAUCACUCCAGCCGACGCUCAGUAUUGCGGAUGGUGAUCUUAGGCUUGUGUGCAGCUGCUUGGCCAUGGAAACCCAUUUCAUGAAGCUACUGACAAACAGUUAUUGUGCUGACGUUGCUUCCAGAGGCAGUUUGGAACUCGGUAGGGAGUGUUGCAACAGAGGACAGACAAUUUUGACAUGCUUCAGCACUCGGUGGUCCUGUUCUGUGAGCUUGUGUGGCCUACCACUUCGUGGCUGAGUCGUUGCUGCACCUAGAUGUUUCCACUUCACAAUAACAGCACUUACAGUUGACAGGGGCAGCUCUAGCAGGGCAGAAAUUUGACAAACUGACUUGUUGGAAAGGUGGCAUCCUAUGACAGUGUCAUGCUGAAAGUCACUGAGCUCUUCAGUAAGGCCAUUCUACAGCCAAUGUUUGUCUAUGGAGAUUGCAUGGCUGUGUGCUCAAUUUUAUACACCGGUCAGCAACGAGUAUGGCUGAAAUUGCCCAAUCCUCUAAUUUGAAGGGGUAUUCACAUACUUUUGGACAUGUAGUGUAUAUACAUUAGCUAUGAAGUAAAAAGUCUGCCAUUACUAUGAGCUUCUCGAUACUGUACAUGUGAACAUAUGGCAGCAAUAAAUGGUUUUCCCCUCACUGGCCACAUGGUAAACACAGAUUUAAAGUGUUUAAGUUGAAAAUGAUUGCUUACAUAGGGUCCUGUGUGGCUCAGUUGUUAGAAUAUGAAGCUUGCAACACCAGGGUUGUGGGUUCGAUUCCCACCAGAGACCAGUACAAAAAAAGUUAGGCGAACGUAUGCACUCACUACUGUAAAGCCACUCUAGAUAAGAGCGUCUGCUAAAUAACGAACACGUAAAUAUCAUCACUAUCUGAACAUUAGGCCUUUGAAUGAAACAAAAUCGAGGCUGGCGUUGGGGGUGAAAUGCAGUGUCAAUUAAAUGGAUUUGUGGACUACUUCUAUAAUACAGCUGUUCUGUACACUUCAUAAAAAACAAAUGUAUGACUUUUCAAUACGAACAACAGACAUGAAGUCUCAACUAGUUGUCGUUGACAGUGCCCAAUGUACUUGGGCAUUCAAAAUAGAUUACCUGAACUGAUGGUGGUAUACUACAGUCCUAUUAAGGUUCUGUACAUACACUAAUUGUACAAAACAUUAGGAACACCUGUUCUUUCCAUAAAAUAGACUGACCAGGUGAAAGCUAUGAUCCCUUACAGAUUUCACCUGUUAAAUUCACUUCAAUCAGUGAAGAUGAAGGGGAGGAGACAGGUUAAAGAAGGAUUUGUAAGCCUUGAGACAUUCUGGUGGUGAAUGGGCAAGACAAAAGAUUGAAGUGCCUUUGAACAGGUUAUUUUAGUAGGUGCCAGGCCAACCGGUUUGAGUGUGUCAAGAACUGCAACGCUGUUGGGUUUUUCACACUCAACAGUUUUCCUUGUGUACCAAGAAUGGUUCGCCAGCCAAAGACAUCCAGCCAACUUGACACAACUGUGGGAAGCAUUGGAGUCAACAUGGGCCAGCUGUGGAACGCUUUCGACACCUUGUAGAGCCCAUGCCCAGACAAUUUGAGGCGGUUCUGGGGACAACGGUGGGGGAGGGGUGCAACUGAAUAUUAGGAAGUUGUUCCUAAUGUUUUGUGCACUCAGUGUAAUGGUAAUUCUAUGGGGUAAAUGCUCACUGAACUAUUUGUGUAGGGGUGAAUUAGGAAAAAAAACAUGGAACAAAAAUGCAUUGUAGUUAUGGUUGUCAUCCCUUGUGCUAGCGGCUUCCAUGUUAGCAAUGUACACUAUAUAUACUUGUUGUGCAAUCUAUCAGUGCGGCUGUCAGUCCAUGUCUUCCUGUGCUGGGUGCUCAUCAUAGACAUCCUUGACAGCCAGGAUCCUGUUGAGCAUAAUUCCCAGCCUGCCCUUGUCCAUGGGGACAUCAGAGUACCAGCGAGAACUCUCGGCCAUACAUGUGCCCUCCGGCUGCAGGUAGAAUGCAUUGCAGCUGCUCCGCACACCAUCAGAGCUGUAAGAACACAAAGACAGACACCAUAUGUGGAUCUAAAAAAAAUAAGAACUUUGUUUUAUUUAUUCAUUCCAAACAAUGUUCCCUGAGCGGAAACUUGAACGUUGUGAGAAUUUUGUGCAACUUCCUGCACGUUUACAGUGAACACUGAGGCGGCAGGUAGCCUAGUGGUUAGAGCGUUGGACUAGUAACCGGAAGGUUGCAAGGUCGAAUCCCAGAGCUUGACAAGGUAAAAAUCUGUCGUUCUACCCCUAGGCAGUCAUUGAAAAUAAGAAUUUGUUCUUAACUGACUUUCCUAGUUAAAUAAAGGUCAAAUAAAAUAGGCUGUACCACUUACAGUAGCCAACUUGAUCAUAAUGUAGGCCUACCAUUGGCACAAAUCCCAUAUUUUCACAUGGUAGAGUCCAUGCCCAGGCUUUUGAUUUCUACAAUACAGUAUAUGUGGUGUUCAAUGCAGUGCUCUGACUGCAUGAGACAAAAUAAUAUAUUAUGAAGGGCUUGACAAUGAUUUUUUACUUGGUCUGUAACACCAUGGGCCAAAUAGGUGACUAAACUGCAUAGUAUGAUGCAAGAAACCACUUUACAAAAUACAAUUCAUUAUUAUUACCAUACAGAGAAUUAGACAAUUGGCUUAUUUGCAUAUUCAAGCCGGUCUCAAAAUAAAACACUGUCACUAAUUAUGACAUAAGCUUUUUACCUGACUGACUAUUCAUAGACAGCUUGAAAUAUAGCCUAAGCCUAAAUGUUUUGUGCUGACCUACACUUAUCUAGAACUGGGCUAAUAACUCACUAACCUGCAAAUAAUAUCAACAAAUGCACACAUACACAGCUCUGUGCUGAUCUAAAAAGCGCAUUCACUCCCGGGUGAUAGAAAAAACACUCGUGGGCUAUAACCCGCAAUAUAAUUUUACUCCUUUGCGCUCUGGCUCUGCCUACAACAAAAUCAGACUCAAUCUGGCAAAAUUAUAAUUUUUGGGUUUUGUUGCAUAUAAUGUUGAUUCAAUAACAGUCUCAUUUCUUCUGCACGUCAGUCCUGGAGGUGGUGCGUGGCCACCCGCAGCUUAGAGGGAACAUUGGAGUCAAUGAAUCAAACAAAUUCCAAAUCUUUGACAGCAGGGACAGUCCAAGGCCUUUAACUGGCAUUUUAAAUCCUGCUUUGCAUACCCGGACAGUCCACAUUGCUUACCAUUUGGAGAGGUAGAACUCAAAGAAUUUGACGGGGCAUCUGAGAGGGUUCAUCCGGUUCUCUUGUUGCUCCAGCUCAGAAGGCUCAUCUCGUUUCCUCUUUCCCAAGCCGACCUCUGUGUGUGUGUGUGAACAGAACAGAGUACAGGCUCACUUCACUGUCUAACCCCUGGGCCUUUAGUUUAACAAUUGGCUUCAGUUACAGUUAGGGCUAUGUUAAACUGAUGAAGAGGAUGUCCGGACAGUUACGGGGAUCAGUGUUGAGGUUUCUGAUGAAAAUAACUAUUUUUUAUUUAUUUAUUUUAUUUCACCUUUAUUUAACCAGGUAGGCAAGUUGAGAACAAGUUCUCAUUUACAAUUGCGACCUAGCCAAGCUAAAGCAAAGCAGUUCGACAGAUACAACGACACAGAGUUACACAUGGAGUAAAACAAACACAGUCAAUAAUACAGUAUAAACAAGUCUAUAUACAAUGUGAGCAAAUGAGGUGAGAAGGGAGGUAAAGGCAAAAAAAAGCCAUGGUGGCAAAGUAAAUACAAUAUAGCAAGUAAAACACUGGAAUUGUAGUUUUUUAUAAAACCAUGUCACUGUCAUACUUAUAAAAAGGUUAAUAAAAUGAAUAUUAUUUUGCA